AUGUCUUCUGCUACUGUUAUCACCACGGAUUUGAUCUUAUGCCCAACCAAUCUGGAGAAAAUCGUUCGUCGCUGUAUUCCAAAAGAGAUGAUCCCAUUCGACUACAAAUUCACCAAUCUGAGCGCCAUCUCCAAUUUGGGUCUUCUUCGAGCAAUGGGCAAAUCCACACUUGGAAUGUUUCGCUCUACCGAGGAGUUGAUCAUGCUCGUUGCCAAUUUCUUAGGCGUUCCUGGAUGCGCGAACCUUAUGGAUUUCGACUUGAAUGGCUUGUACACUACCAUCCCAAGAAUGCACACGAGUCUCAAAGGAAUUGACUUCGUCUACAAAAUCGAUCUUCUGGCAUUUGCUUCACUUGUCGUCCCAUGUCCAUUCACAAAUUGGCAACGAAACAUGGUCCUAUCGGCGAUCAAAGGAUGUCAGAGAUUUUUGGAGUCGAAAUGGAAGUCGGAGAUUCAUUCUCACUGCGAAAUGGUUCAAUCACCGAAGGAUUGUCUCGAGUGGCUUUCCGGGCAAUUGGCUGGAGUUUCGGAUAACUAUUUGACCAAGGCUGAAAGUCUAAUGAAAAAUUUCAAGCCCUGCUCAGCUGUUCUGCAACCUCAUGAUUUGAAUGUGUAUUGGACGGAAAUGCUAAAAUUUGACGGGAAAGGAGCAUCGGUGGUUUACGAAAUCUUAAGAACAUACAAUGAGAGGCAUCCAAUCACGGAAAACAAGGAUGACUACAUCAAGAUGCUGUCGUGGAUUGGAAUCGUUGCCAGAGUGUUGGAAGACUUUAUGACCAACUCUAUUCCAUCGAACACCAAAGCGACGGUCAGAUUAUUUUCCGCUGGCAAGAAUAACUUUGUGAUGGCUCACGAAUUCCUUCAAUCUCUCAAGAACAAGAAUUUCGAUGUGUCAGGAUUCGAGGAGGAAGUUCUAGGUAUGCCAAAGCUGUCGACACUGGAAUUCCGUGAAGUCGCAAAAAAAGUGAAUAUUCAGGAUAUGAAGAAUAUCGAGUUCAUUCGAAUCACGCAGCCAGAAACAAAGCUCCAAGCCACUCCAAUUCCAUCUCCAAAUGGUGAUUAUUGUGUUCGUGCCAUCGAUGCCUUCCAUGAAUUAUUAAACGAUAUGAUUGUGGCAAAGAAAGUGUUCCAAACUAUCGAGAAGGAUCAAUUCAAGCACGUCGAAACAUUUUUCGAUUCAGUGAAAGAGUAUUUCUGUUCGAACCAAGGAGUCUACUUCAUCAGUCUGGAAGACUUAAAUCUGAUCAAAUCGAUGUGGGAAGAAUGCUACGAAUUCAAGUUGAAGACUUCAAAACAAGCAAAGAAUAUCCGAAAUGUCAGAAAAGGAAACUCAGAAUUGGACGAAUUGAGAAAGGUGUACCUUAAAUUGGAAAAGUGCCUCCCAAACAUGAAGGCCAUCGCCGGAGGAGAAUAUUUGAACAACGCUACGAUUUUCCAGUGGCAAAUAACCGCCCUCAGUGAUGAGAUUACUUAUAUUACUGAUUUCCUGCACAGCCAAAAGGUGUGUACCAAAUGGAUUCCCAACAGUCCAUGCUGUGGAGAAGGUGCGGAACUUAUGGAGAUGGUCAAGAAAGCAUACGCUGAAUUUCAAGCUGAGGAAGAUGCAAAAGAGGCAGCCAAAUCAGCUAAAGGGGAGAAAAAGAAUGACGAAGUCGCCAUGGAAGUUCCACAGAAAAAGAAGAGAUCAAAGAGAGUGAAGACGACUAAGGAACCGACACUCCCUCUGCCUACAUCCGAACUCACUUCAACUGCAUCUGAAUCCUCUUCUGAUCCAGGGUCCGAAAUUCCAGAAGCGAAGGAAUCCCAAGCUUGUCCCAAGUGCUCUCGUGCCAGCCAUUUCGCUGAUUUGGCAAAUGAGAAGCUCAGAUUGUCUAAAGUCGAAUGCAAGCAUCUGAAGAAGGACUUGGCAAAGGCAGAAUUGGAAAUCGAGAUUGUUAAGCAAAAAGGAAUGGACAAAGAUGAGAGAAUCAGAGUGCUAGAGGAACUUCUGAAAUCCAAGGAGGACAUCAUUGAAAGACAAAAUAUGGAUCUUUUUGCGAAGCAAGACACAAUCCUGAAUAUGGAGAUGGAGAUGGAAUCCAAAGAUAGCAUUAUUCGAGAGAAUUCAACUAUCAUUAAGGAUCUUGAAAAGUCUCUCAAGAUGAAGAAAAUCAAUGAACUGGAGGCACAACAAUCAUCAGAUUUAAGAACCCUGGAACCAACUAGAAGUGACGAGGAGACUGAGAAAGUCAGAGAUGUGCUCUUUAAACUUCUCGAGAUCCAAGGAACUCUUAAAAGUGGAAAUCCAGUUGGUAAAUGCAGAGAACUUGCUCAAAGAAUUUGUAUGAAGGCUCACAACAAGCAAAUCGAAGAUGCCACGAGAAUUGAAGCCAUUAGAUUUUGCGAGGAGGCUAAAGUCUACACUCAAGCAGUCAACACCCAGCUAGAGAUGAUCCGUGGAAGCCGACUAGUCAAACCAGAAGAGAUUCCAGAACUUCCCAACUUCCCAGCUCUAUCCCAAAGAUUCCUGAACGCCUAUGAGAACAUCUUCCAUUCAGAAGCUCCAAAAAUCUGUGAAUCGCUACUGAAGACUCCAGCAGUGAGACCAGGAGAGCUUGCCGACACCGACUGCUUGAUCGCCAUUGAGGAAAUGGAUUCGGAGGAAGGAACCAUCAAAUGCGAGUGCUGCAAAAGAAGAUACCACGUGGAAUGUGCUCAGGAAUGGUUCACAACAAAGAGGACGUGUCCUGCAUGCAGUUCGCCACUUUUGGUUCAAUCCGAGUUUCCAUCACUGGCCUAA